CCAAAUUGUUAUUUGGUGACGUGCCAUCAAUGUGGCAUGGAGGACUAUAAAUAUUUAUUCAAGGUCGUACUUGUUGGAAAUGCUGGUGUUGGUAAAACAUGUCUUGUACGAAAAUUUACGCAGGGAAUUUUCCCUCCUGGACAGAGUGCUACAAUUGGCGUUGAUUUCAUGAUCAAAACAGUCAAAGUUAAUGAUGACAAAAUAAAAUUACAAAUUUGGGACACAGCAGGACAAGAACGUUUUCGUUCAAUCACUCAAAGUUAUUAUCGAUCAGCACAUGCAAUUGUGCUAGUUUAUGACGUUGCUUGCCAGCCAAGUUUUGACUGUUUGCCCGAAUGGCUUGGCGAAAUUGAGCAGUAUGCUAAUCGACGGGUUUUAAAAAUAUUAGUAGGAAAUAAAAUUGACAAGGAAGAUGAACGGGAAGUACCAGAACGAGUCGGUAAGAAUUUUGCGGAUGCCAAUGUAUUUGAUUAUUUCCUAGAAACUUCAGCACUGGAUGCAACAAAUGUCGAUACAUUAUUUCAUGAAGUAGCCACUCGAUUAACAAAUGAUAUGAAAAAAAGUGAUGAUAGGUAUAGAUUCUACAUAAUAACCAAAUAA